CUUAGAAAAUGAAGUGUUCAUUUUUAACAUUCCUCCUCCAAUUGGUUUAAUGCUGAAUUACAGAAGAGAACUAAGCAAAACCAGGUGCUUUCUCUGUAUUCUCUCCAGUGUCUGAGGAGGUACAGACGGCUCCCGAUCUUCUCCAUUACUUGCCAUUUCAUUCUUUGGACUAUAAAUGACAGAGGAACUGAAGUGCUAGCAGAGGGUAAUGUUUGGAAAACUUUCUAGUUAUUCAUCAGCACAGACUCUGGGUUUUUUCCACCUUUCCCCAACGGUUUUGGACAUGCAAGGAUUAAGAAGGAUACUGACUGCUUUCACACUGGCUGUCUGCCUUUCAAGCCCUGGAAAAGCACAGCAGCAAUGCACUAAUGGGUUUGACCUGGACCGUGCCUCUGGGCAAUGCUUAGAUAUUGAUGAAUGUCGGACUAUUCCUGAGGCCUGCAGAGGAGACAUGGUGUGUGUCAACCAGAACGGUGGCUAUUUAUGCGUGCCCCGAACAAACCCGGUGUACCGAUCACCGUACCUGAGCCCCUACUCCAACGUUUACCCUCCGCCCCCAGCACCCGGCCCCGUUCCCAACUACCCCACUGUUACCCGGCCUCUCAUGUGCCGCUUUGGUUUCCAGCUGGAUGAGAACAAUCAGUGUGCUGAUGUGGAUGAAUGUGCUUCAGAUUCUCACCAGUGUAACCCCACCCAGAUCUGCAUAAAUACUGAAGGGGGCUAUACCUGUUCAUGCACUGAAGGCUACUGGCUGUUAGAAGGCCAGUGUUUAGACAUAGACGAAUGUCGCUACGGCUACUGCCAGCAGCUGUGUGCCAACGUGCCCGGCUCCUACUCCUGCACGUGCAACCCAGGCUUCACCCUCAACGAUGACGGGAGAUCGUGCCAAGAUGUGAAUGAAUGUACAAGUGAAAACCCUUGCACUCAGACCUGUGUCAACACCUAUGGCUCUUUUCUCUGCCGCUGUGAACCUGGCUAUGAACUGGAAGCUGAUGGAGUUAACUGCAGUGACAUGGACGAAUGCAGCUUCUCAGAGUUCCUCUGCCAGCACGAAUGUGUGAACGGGCCUGGUUCUUACUACUGUACCUGUCCUUCGGGCUAUAACUUGCUUGACGACAGUAGAAGCUGCCAAGAUAUCAAUGAAUGUGAAAUCAGAAACUUCACCUGCACUUCACAGCAAACAUGUUUCAAUAUCCCAGGAGAAUAUAAAUGUUUAGACCCAGUACGAUGUGAGGAGCCUUAUCUCCAGAUUAAUGAGAAUCGCUGCAUGUGUCCAGCUGAAAACCCUGGGUGCCGAGAUCAGCCGUUCACCAUCCUGUACAGAGUGAUGGAUAUGGUGUCUGGGAGGUCUGUGCCUUCGGAUAUUUUUCAGAUGCAAGCAACAACUCGCUACCCUGGAGCCUAUUACAUCUUCCAAAUCAAAUCAGGGAACGAGGGCAGGGAAUUCUACAUGCGGCAAACGGGACCAAUCAGUGCUACUCUGGUGAUGACCCGGCCCGUGAAGGGGCCCCGCACUAUCGAGUUGGACUUGGAAAUGAUCACUGUUAACACUGUCAUCAACUUCAGAGGAAGCUCUGUCAUCCGGCUGAGGAUAUUUGUAUCACAGUACUCCUUCUAAACCCCGAGUUUGUGCCCUGGAAACAUUAAGCCAAAAGAGACAGUUCCUCCUCUGCAGAACUCUCUCCUCAAAAGCCAGUACCUAUAGCAGACCAAAUCACUAUUUCCACAGACCCGGUGGCCUAUGCCUGUCUAGAGGCCUCUUCAUGCACAGUCCCAACCAGGAUGCAAACAUCUGAAGAUCCCAUAUGAUUGUCUGUGUGGUCACGUAUUUUAAGGACUCUUCUUCUCACUGCAAACACUUCUAGGGCAUGAGUCUAUGUGAAAGACUGUGAACCUUUGUAGCUCCAAGGCUGCUUAGCAGAAAGCACCAAAAAAACUGAGGAAAAAGCUGGCUUUUGCAAUCUUGCCUUUUUAAAAUUUUUUUUUCAUUAUAAAUGAAAAGCAGACAAACAAGCAGAAAGAGAAACAAAAAACCCACCUAUUGAAACAAGGGACCUCAGAAGUCCCAAUUUGCAUUCCCUAUUAUCUCUGGAAUUAUCAGUCAGGCACUUUGUUUCAAUUCACCCUGCAUUUGUCUUAGUUUCACCUGGGUUUUUUCAUUCUAUUUUAUAGUUAAAAUUCAUUGUAAAUUCAUUCCAAAAAUCAUGUUGUACUAUGUAAUCUUUUGCUUUCUGACAAAGUGUCACAUGUUUGGGUUCCUUUCUGUAUUAAAUCUUUCUAUAUAACAGA